UGGUCUGGCCAUUCCCGACGCUAUUCGGGAAGUUGUGAACGGGUGAUAUACGCUUCUCAGAAUGAUAGAUGAAAUCGUGGAUCGUAUCGUUCAGUUCUUUUCCACCGGGCUUGUGGAGAAAAUCGUUAAAGCUUUCCUAGUCCUAUGCGAUCGGUUCGUAAACUUCAUACUCUCCCUGUGCGAGGGCAACAAUUACAAGAAGAAGGACGAAACGGUUGAUGUGCUGUAUACUAGCGGCAACUUUUUGGUGAUCAACAAAAAACACGAUUUGCUGAUCAAUUCUAAUGAUACUAAAAAGAAAACGGUGCAAACAAUCAUGCGAAAACAAUUUCCCGAGUACGUACAGGAUAAUCUAACGCAUGACUUCUAUUUCGCCCAUCGGUUGGAUUUCGCCACUAGUGGAAUACUUUGCAUUCCGCUGAAUAAAAACGCUUGCAAGGAGGUUUGUCAGGUGUUCGAGGAGCAGCGUGCCAGAAAAUACUAUCUAGCUUUACUUCGUGGACAUACCGAUUUCGAUGAGGAGGUGAUCGACAUAGCAAUCGGCGAAGACGUACGGUUCAAGGAUACUAGCAAGAAAAUGUGCACCAUCCUCGAGGAUGAACUCUGCCAAAAUCCGCGUCGCAGUAUCACAAAGGUGCUGGUGCUAGAUCGGGGCUACUACAAUGGGAAACCCGUCACCAAAGUGCUUUUACGGCCGAUCACCGGCCGACGGCAUCAGCUGCGACUGCACUGCUCGCAGAUCGGGCACGUGAUCGUAGGCGACUAUACGUACAGUUUGAAGAUCGACACCUCUCCACCGCGCAUGUUUCUGCACGCGUUCCGGCUGGUGCUGCCGAACACGAUCGAAAAUCUCGACAUCCAGACGGACGAUCCUUUUACGGAGAAGGCGCUCAAGUACAAGUGGAAGGUGGUGGAGCAGGUGAACAGCAUUGCGAACGCGUUCGACAUCAUUGACUCAUUUUAACAUUUGUGGGAACCAUGUAGAAUAUACUUUUGUAGGUCACGUUCGUUCACGUUUCGGUUGGACCAUUUCCGGCGCCGGUUGAAUGUAAAUAUUCGUUCCUUUUCUCGAAUUUAUUCGCUCUAGACC